AUGGUCAAGAUCGCUACCCUCGUUGCACUUGUUGCUCCUCUUGUCGCCGCCGCGCCUCAAGACGUCAGUGUUCCCAACAUUGUCGGUGGCACUGAGGCCAGCACUGGUGACUUCCCCUUCAUCGUCAGCAUCUCCUACAACGGCAACCCUCACUGUGGAGGUACUCUCCUCAACGCCAACACUGUCCUGACCGCUGCCCACUGCACUCAGGGUCGCAGUGCCAGCGCCUUCGCCGUCCGUGCUGGAACUCUUUCUCGCACUACUGGCGGUGUCACAUCUCGUGUUUCCAGCCUCAAGGCCAACCCUGCCUUCAGUGGAAGCACCCUCGAUAGCGAUGUUGCCAUCCUGAAGCUGUCCACUCCCAUUCAGACCAGCUCUUCCAUCUCUUACGCUCGUCUGGCAGCUUCUGGCACCGACCCUGCUGCUGGUACUCAGCUCACCGUUGCUGGCUGGGGUACCACCUCUCAGGGCUCUGCUUCCUCUCCCGUCCAGCUGAGGAAGGUUACCAUUCCCGUCGUCUCCCGCGCAACCUGCCGAUCCCAGUACGGCACCUCUGCUAUCACCAACAACAUGUUCUGUGCUGGCCUUACCCAGGGUGGAAAGGACUCUUGCCAGGGCGACAGUGGUGGUCCCAUUGCUGACUCUUCCAACACUGUCGUUGGUGUUGUCUCUUGGGGUGAGGGCUGUGCUCAGCCUAACUACUCUGGCGUCUACGCCCGCGUUGGCAGCCUCCGCUCUUUUAUCGACAGCGCUUAA